AUGAAUCAAUAACUAACAAUAGAAUUGUUCUUAUGCAAAAAAUAAUUGUUUGGUGUAUAUAAAAAUAAAACGUUUAAGAAAACUUUUUUAGAUGAAAAGAUUUUCAUACAGCCCUACCAAUUCAAGGAGCGUUUAGAGAAGUUACUCAAGAUCAGAAACAUAAAAAUAAGACUACAGGAAGGUUUUAAGAGUGAUUUCUCUCCUCUAAUCGAUAAAGGAGAUGUCCCUGAUGAAGAUUAUAUUCUGCAGAAAACUUUUGGUCUGUUAGAAUCUAAUCAUGAUUCUUGGUUAUAAAUAGUUUUAAGGCAACCUUCUUGCAUAAACAGAACAACUCUAGAUUAUAUUUUCGCAUCACUACUGGCUGUUUUAGACAUUGUAAUGAAACUUUAUGGCAAGUAUAUGAGAUAACUUUCAGGUAAAUUCCUAAUUAUAAAUCAUAUAGUUACUUUUUGA